ACUGCUAUGGACCGCCAGCUUCUGCCUGUGCUGCUGCUCCUGCUAGGGGCCUCAGGCCUACAGGGGCAGGGACAGCGACCCGAGAGACCCUCAGAGGAUCUCCUGGAGGGUUCCACUGGGGAGGAGGUCCCCCAGGAGGAUGGGAUCUUGGUGCUAAACCACCGCACCCUGGGCCUGGCCCUGCGGGAGCAUCCAGCCCUGCUGGUGGAGUUCUACGCCCCAUGGUGUGGGCACUGCAAGGCGCUGGCCCCUGAGUACAGCAAGGCUGCUGCCCUGCUAGCAGCUGAGUCGGCCACGGCCACGCUGGCCAAGGUGGACGGACCUGCGGAGCCGGAGCUGACUGAGGAGUUUGGUGUAACCGAGUACCCCACGCUCAAGUUCUUCCGUGACGGGAAUCGCACGCACCCGGAGGAGUACACAGGCCCCCGGGAGGCCAAGGGCAUCGCUGAGUGGCUGAAGCGGCGGGUGGGGUCCAGUGCCACCCGGCUGGAGGAUGAGGAGGGUGCCCGAGCGCUGAUGGAUGCUGGGGACGUGGUUGUCAUUGGCUUCUUCCAGGACUUGCAGGACAAGGACGUGGCCACCUUCCUGGCCCUGGCUCGCGAUGCCCUGGACAUGACAUUUGGCUUCACUGACCGGCCACAGCUGUUUCAGAAGUUUGGCCUCACCAAGGACACCGUGGUUCUCUUCAAGAAGUUCGAUGAAGGACGGGCAGACUUCCCAGUCGAAGAGGAGCUGGGCCUGGACCUGGGGGACCUGUCCCGCUUCCUCGUCACUCACAGCAUGCACCUGGUCACGGAGUUCAACAGCCAGACUUCCCGAAGGAUCUUCUCUGCCAAGAUCCUCAACCACCUGCUGCUGUUCGUCAACCGGACGCUGGCUUCUCACAGGGAGCUCCUGGCAGGCUUCAGGGAGGCAGCUCCCCCGCUCCGGGGACAGGUGCUGUUUGUUGUGGUGGACGUGGCUGCCAGUAAUGACCAUGUACUGCGGUACUUCGGCCUCAAGGCCGAGGAGGCCCCCACCCUGCGCCUGGUCAACAUUGAGACCACCAAGAAGUACGCACCCCCAGGCGGGGGGCCCAUCAGCUCAGCUUCUGUGGCAGCCUUCUGCCAGACAGUCCUCAGUGGUGAACUCAAGCCCUACCUCCUGAGCCAGGAAAUCCCCCCAGACUGGGACCAGCGGCCCGUCAAGACCCUCGUGGGCAAGAAUUUUGAGCAGGUGGCUUUCGAUGAAACCAAGAAUGUGUUUGUCAAGUUCUAUGCCCCGUGGUGCAGCCACUGCAGGGAGAUGGCCCCAGCCUGGGAGGCACUGGCUGAGAAGUACAGAGACCACAAGGACAUCAUCAUCGCCGAGCUGGACGCUACAGCUAACGAGCUGGAGGCCUUCGCUGUGCCCGGCUUCCCCACCCUCAAGUUCUUCCCUGCAGGGCGGGAUCGGAAGAUAAUGGAGUACAAGGGCAGCAGGGACCUGGAGAGCCUUUCUAAGUUCUUGGACAGUGGGGGUGAGCUGCCAGCGGAGGAGCCCACGGCCCCCUUCCAGGAGCCACUAGCCAAUGCCAGCAUGGGGCCCAGGGAGGAGCUGUAGCCGCCAAGUUGCUGCCAGCCUCAAGUGGUGCGUGGCCCCUGGCUGCAGAAGCUGUGCCGUGAAUAAAAAGCUUUGCCCCUGG